ACUAUUCUAUUAGUAAAGCAGAUACUCCAUCCUGCUCUGAAGACCAACACAAUGGCUUUACUCUCAGUGGUGGUGUUUUUGGCUGCUGUCCUGCUUCCACCUUUACCUGCAGAAAGUAAGGAUCCAGCCUUUUCUGCUUUGUUAACCACUCAAACGCAUAUCCAAAAAGAUAUUGUAAAUAAACACAAUGCAUUAAGGAAAUCAGUCUCUCCACCUGCCAGCAACAUGCUACAGAUGGAAUGGAACAGAGAAGCAAUGAUAAAUGCCCAGAAGUGGGCAAACAAGUGCACUUUAGAACACAGUAAGCCAGAGGAACGACAAACCAGUACGAAAUGUGGUGAGAAUCUCUAUAUGUCAAGUGACCCUACUGAGUGGUCAAAUGCACUCCAAAACUGGUUUGAUGAGAGUGACGAUUUUGUUUAUGGUUCAGGACCAAAGUCUUCCAGUGUAGUGGUUGGACAUUAUACCCAGCUUGUUUGGUACUCAUCUUACCGUGUUGGAUGUGGAAUUGCUUAUUGUCCCAAUCAAGAAAAUCUAAAAUACUACUAUGUUUGCCACUAUUGUCCUGCAGGCAAUAAUGUGAGUAAAAAGAAUACCCCUUACCAACAAGGAACACCCUGUGCCAGUUGCCCUACUAGCUGUAACAAUGGACUAUGCACCAAUAGUUGUGAGUAUGAAGAUCUCCUUAGUAACUGUGAUUCCUUGAAGACAACAGCAGGCUGUGAGCAUGAAUUGCUCAAGGAAAAGUGCAAGGCUACUUGUCUAUGUCAAGACAAAGUUUUCUGAAAUGCUCAACACGCAAUGCACAAGAUUAAGUGGAAAAGGGCUGCAUUACUUAGACCUGGUGGAGAAAGGUGCAUCAUUUUUAAUUGACACAUCCCAGAGGGGAAAUUGUAAGCCUGUUAGUGACACAUUUGAUUCCAAAGAGCAAUGCAUCUUUUUCUCUAGGAUCUUCACAGUAAUCUCUCUCAUACAUCAAUUUACAAAAGCAACACGAUGCCAACUUAAGACUUUAGAUACAUUUGUUACUUUAAAGUGAACGAAUUAAAUCACGUUGAGGAUGUCUAAAGUUGUAACCACAGGAUUUAGGUCACUAGAAUUUUGGACUAAAAGGAAGAAUCACAUGUUUCAUGAAACAACUUGGAGGAAAAAAAAAAACACACCUGUAACAUCAUUGUCAUUCCUACUACAUGAUUUUUUACAUGUAUAAAGAAUGAAUUCAAAGAUUGGAUCUACCUUUGUCUUAUGGUGUCCUUUAAAAACAAAAGUAGCUUUUAGAAUAAAGAACAUAC